AUGCUGCGCUUAGGGACGCUCAUCCGACUCGCGCCUCGGCUGCAAUCCGCGACCGUCGUCGUCCCACCCAACAACAACGCUGCUGCUGCUGCUGCUGUCUAUGUCGCUCACAGCCCUGCACGUCGCUCCAUCGCUGGCCUGGCUGAGAUGCUCGACGGCAACGCGCGGCGUUCAAGCAGCAAUGGUCGCGGUGCUGGCCUCGAGUCUGCGCCGUUCGGCACCGGUAGUGUUGGCGGUGGGGUUGGUGGUGGCAGUGGCAUGGACGGCAUGCUGCAUCCCACUGCGCUCCAGUACGGUGGCUACGGUGCUGGCGGUGCGUUUGGCGGCUCCUCCUCCUCCUCGUCGUUCUCCUCUGCGACUGGCACUGGCACUGGCGCUGGCACUGGCACUGCUAAACUGGCUGGUGCUCAUAAUGGCGCGCUGUACUGUGAUCCUGUGACGGGCGAGGUGCAGUGGCCCCAGCCGUGCUCCGUCCCACCGGAACAGCCUGGUUCGCUGUUUGGCGUCACUGGCCUCUGCACGCCAGCCGACUUUGCUACGGCCACGACGCGCACGCUGACUGAAUGCGCACGCAUUGUGAGCUGCAUUCCGACAGUGGAAGGUCCGAUGAUCGUGCGGGCUAUGGACGAGCUCUCGAAUAUAAUCUGCAGCUUGUCGGAUCCGUGCGAGUUCAUCCGCCAAAACCACACCAACGAGACAAUCCGUCAGGUGGCACAGGACACCUGCCAGACACUGCACGCAUUCGUAGAUCGGCUCAAUACGCAUCGUGGCAUCCAGAUCGCCCUGGACUCGUUCAUCAACGAUAAGGCAACGUUUGACGCCCAAGAUUACGACCUGCGGCGCACUGCCGAGCUGUUCAUGAGCGACUUUGUGCUUCAUGGCCUGCAUUUGCCCGAAGGAAAAGAGCGCGACCAGGUCGUUCAGCUGAACGAGGAAAUUUUGGGACAAGGUUAUUUGUUUACGCGGGAAGACUCGCCGACCGAAACUUUCAUCAUUAACAGCAACGUGUACAACACUCUCACACCCAGCAUGCGCUCGCAAUGUCGAGGACGGAAUGACGGAAACUACGACGCUCCACUUGCCAUGGCCAGCAACUGCCCAGACCAUCUUCCUGAGCCCACCCGGAAGCGCUUGUUUAUUGCAGCCGCCGAAGCCCGCCCGGAUCGUCUGGAUGCGCUCGUAAAGAUGCUGCGAGCAAGAUACGACCUCGCCAAGCUCCUGGGCUACCCGUCUCACGUCCAUCGCGUCGUCCGCCAAGACGCCUAUUUGGAGAAUCCUGAGGUGUUGCGAACGUUCUUGGAGCGGUUGUCGGAGCGCAUUCGAGAGCCGGUGCGUCGCGACCUCGCCACGCUGAGGCGCUUGCAGGUCAAUCCGUCGCAAGAUAUCAACCCGUGGGAUUUGGCCCCUCUGGCGAAUCGCUUGACUUGCGUGAACGAAGACGUGCUCGAGUACUUUUCGCUCGGAAACUGCCUCACAGCGUUGCAGGAGAUUGUUCGCAAUCUGUUUGAUGUUGAGUUGCGAUGGGUGGAGAUGCAACCCGGUGAGCUGUGGGCGCCUCACGUGUACAAAAUCGCCGUCUACCACGCCAAGGCGACUUGUAUCUCGAUCUUUCUCGAUCUUUUCAGCCGGAGAGGCAAGUCGGACAAGUCAGCCAAUUACAUGAUCCGUGGCUCGUGUGAGCGCUUGGACGGACGGUGGUGGCCCUGUCUUGCGGCAUUCACAAACCACCAUCGCGCCAACCCAUCCGCGUCCAUCCAGCAGCAUUCAAGCUGAUCAUGCAAGCUGAUCAUGCACGAGGCCGGCCAUGCCAUGCACGCUCUUCUUGCCAAAACGCGCUUCCAGCACGUGUCGGGCACGCGCUCGAUUCUGGAGGUGGUCGAGUUCCCGUCAACGCUGAUGGAGCUCAUUGCUCUCGAUCCGCGCACGCUGACCCGCUUGAUGCGGCACUUCCACACCGGUCAACCCAUGCCGGCCUACUUGGCUGAGAUGGUAUCCGCCGAGUUUGGCCUUGCACCCAUCGAUGCAGAGCACCAGAUUCUGCUGGGCCUUGGCGACCAGGCGUACCACGGCGUCGACCCGCCGACCUCCGCCGCGCAAGCGACGGACAUUUGGCACCAGCUGAUCGCGAAACACACGCAUGCCAAGCCUGUUCCAGGAACCGCGCCUCAAAUCCUCGUCCAUCACCUGUUCACGUACGCAGCUCACUAUUACGUGUACACUUGGUGCCACGCGUACGCCACGCUUGUCAAGCAGCGACUCUUUUCGGAUGACCCGCUCAGCGCGGAGGGUGGUCGACGGGUCACCAAACUGCUCCGUGCCGGCGGAGCUCGCCAGGCGCGAGAACUCUUUGCCGAGCUGCUUGGCUACAACCCGACCAUGGACGAGAUGAUUGACGCGUUUGUUGCCUCUCUUCAUCCGCUCGACGAACGUAUGGCUGGAAACGGCCACCGCAUGUCGGUUGCCGCACGGCGCUGA